AUGUCGUCCUCUUUGCAGUCGCGGAAGGAGGAGCUGCUUGCUAAAAAAGCUCGGCUGGCCGAGCUGAAGCGGCAGCGUGAGUUACGGGAGGAACGUUUCAGCGCCGGACGCCAGAGUAUUGGUGGUGAGUCCUCACCUAGAAGGACUGUGGAGGACAGACGGUCCGAGAUCGAUAACAUCGUCUCCAGCCUCAUUGAUCGUCAGAGAGAUUCUACGUCGUCGCCGAGCAGAAGUCGACCAAGUUCGUUCUAUGGCGAAGCUACGCCUCAAAAUGGCGAACAGAUUGCACCACAGAAGUCUACAAUGGUCUCAAGUUCUACCCAAACUGCAGUGGCUGAGUCUGGGGAUAUUGUACGGGAAGUGGUCUUAACUCCCCCUCUACAAAAGCCAGCACCAGAAUAUAUUACCUACACGAAGGGCACUCAAACAGAUCCUGUGACGGACAUUGGGGUCAACACGGAGGACGACUUCGAGCCGGAGAUCGAUGCGCGGUCGAGAAGGAGAUCAAGCAGAAAGCAAAAAGAGAUAGACGAGGAGAUCAGAACGAACCUGCGGAGAGAGAUCGAGGAAGAGCUGAGGGCUACUCAGAACGGUCCCGCAAAUAUAGCGCCUUCUGCUACAGUACGGUUUCCGCUUCGUCAGUUGAACGCGAACGAGCUCAAUGCUGUUACGUCGUCCAAUGACUUUCAAGCCUUCGUUGAACGCUCCUCCAAGGUGAUUGAGCGAGCCCUGGAUGAAGAAUAUGACCUGCUUGCAGACUACACUCGAGCUGCGGCUGUGGAUACAGAAGAGGAUUAUGCGAACAAGUCUUCACAAUCACUACGAGAAGUAUUACAGUUGUACUCAGCCAACCAUUCCAAGAGGCGUGUUGUAACGGACCUACAUUUCUCUCCUCAUUUUCCUGAACUGCUCUUAACCUCAUACACAAAGAACGCUGCUGCCCCGAACGAGCCGAACGGGCUGGUUCUGUUGUGGAACUCUCACGCACCGAGCAGACCAGAAUACACCUUUAACGCAACUAGCGAUGUGCUCACCGCGCGCUUCUCUCCUUUUCAUCCCAACCUCAUUAUAGGUGGCUGCUACAGUGGUCAGGUUUGUAUCUGGGAUACACGCUCUUCACACAGAGAUGGUCAACCAGAACGACGUACGCCCCCAGCAGGAACCACAAGUCUAGGACACACUCAUCCGAUAUAUGCACUAAAUGUAGUCGGUACCCCAAAUGCACACAACAUUCUCACCGCCGACACGGAUGGGACUGUCUGUUCUUGGAGCGUCGACAUGCUGAGCCAGCCACAAGAAUACCUUGCACUCUCAACACCUUCUUCCGCCGGUACAAUGACGGACGAUUUGGCGCCAAAAUCCAUGUCUUUUCCAACAGCAGAUCCGACGUCUUUCCUUGUCGGCAGCGAAGAAGGCACGAUUUACGGAUGUCACCGUUACGACCGCGCUGGUGCCAAAGCUGGAGUUGACAGUCGUGUGGCAUAUAGGGGUCAUACAGCACCGAUUAUGUCGACUCAUUACCAUCCGGAGCGUGGCCCUGUGGAUUUAGGUGAUCUAAUGCUGAGCUCUUCCGCAGAUUGGACGGUCAAGCUCUGGCGUACUCGAGCAGCUGCAGCUCCAGGAUCCGCUAUCAAGACACAUCAGGUGCUGAAUACCGAUACAGGUGCUGCUCGGGGAAUGAACGACUCAACAUCAACUGCAGAAGCAAUCCCACCUAUCCUUGACCUGUCGAUGGAAGACAUUGUUUACGAUGCCAAGUGGUCACCCAACAAACCUUCUGUCUUCGCCGCGGUGACGGGUGCAGGCGAUCUUGAAGUGUUCGACCUGCUCUCAGAUAUUGAAGUACCUGUUGUGAAAGCAACACCAAGCAAAACGAGACUGCCAAACAACGGACUUGUCCUACCAUUCAAGGGCUUGAACAAAUUAGCCUGGGAGGAAAGACAUGGUAAGCAGAUUGCCGUGGGUGGUCUUGAUGGUGUUGUGAGCUUGUUCGAGGUAGGACGAGGAUUAUGGUGUGGGCCUGGAGAAGCUGAUGCUAGAGAAUGGCAGAGAAUGAAACAGCUCAUGGGCAAACUGGAACCGUGA